GGUUGAGCAGCUUGGUGCUUUCUAAAAAAAAAAAAUUCUAUACAUGUUAUUCUGUACAUUAUAUCAACAAUUAAUUUGGUAUUUUAAUGUUGCGAAUUUACAAUUUGAAACGUAAAAAAUUUUGAUUAAAAGUUUAUAAAUACGACGACGAAUAAUAAAUUGCAAUAAUGGGUAAAGCAAAAAAAGGAAAGCGGUCUAAUAAGGAAGAAGAUGAUGAUAUGUUUAUGGAUAGUGAUGUUGAUGUUGAUGAACAAGUUAUUGCACCAGUAAAAAGCAAAUCAAAAGCAAAAAAAAAUGAUAAAAAAAAAAAUAACAAAGAUACUGAUGAUGUUGAUGAUUUAACAAUGGAUAUUGAUGAUGAUGAAGAAUUAGUUGUUCCAGUUAAAAAUAAAUCAAAAGCAAAAAAUAAGAAAAAAAAUAAUAUUAAAGAAGAUGAUGAUGAUGUGUCACUUGAUAUUGAUGAUGAAGAUGUAGUUGCUCCAGUUAAAAGUAAAUCAAAAGCGAAAAAUAAGAAAAAAAAUAAUAUUAAAGAUGAUGAUGUUGAUGAUUUAUCAGUUGACAUAGAUGAUGAAGAGCUAGUGGUUCCAGUUAAAGCCAAGUCAAAAGCUAAAAAUAAAAAAAAAAAUAAUAAAGAUUUUGAUGAUGUUGAUGAUUUGCCAGUUGAUAUUGAUGAUGAAGAAGAAUUGGUUGUUCCAGUUAAAGCCAAAUCAAAGGCUAAAAAUAAGAAAAAAAAUAUCAAAGACGAAAUUGAUGAUGAUAUGUUUGUUGAGGAUUUAUCAGUUGAUAUUGAAGAAGAAAAAGAAGAAGAAUUAAUUGCUCCAGUUAAAAGUAAAUCAAAGGGAAAAAAUAAAAAAAAGAAUAUCAAAGAAGAUGAUGAUGAUGUUGAAGAUUUACCAAUUGACAAAGAAGAAGAAGAAUUAGUUGCUUCAGUUAAAAGUAAAUUAAAAGUUACAGAUGAUAAAGCAAUGCCUGUCAAAGAAAAUGAGAAUGAUAAUAUUGAUGAUUUGUUGAUUGAUUCUGAGGAUGAUUCAGUGAAAAAUAAAUCAAAGAAAAAAGAUAAUAAAAAAAAGGAUAAAGUAAGUGGUGAUAUGAAUGCUAAUAAAGUUAAUGAUAAUAAUGAAGAUGAUGAAAGUGGUACUGUUAAAACAGCAGCUCAAAAGAAAAAAGAAAAAAAAGAACGUGAAAAAUUAAAAAAAAUGGCACAAAAAAAAUCUGAACAUGCUAAAAAAGCUGAAGGUGGUGCAUCAAAAGAGUCAUCAAUUGAAAAAACAUCAAAACCUGUUGUUGAUGAAGUGAAAAAAGAUGCUGCUGUUGUUGUUGUUGAUGAUGGUAAUGUUGAUGAUGAAGAGGGUGGUGGAAAGAAAAAAAAGAAAAAAGGUGGUAAAGAUGAUGCAAAAACAAAUGCUAAAGAUAGUAAAAAAGGACCAAGUAAAGCAUUGCUAGCUCAAUUAUUAGAAGAAAGAAAAAGAAGAGAAGAAGAAGAAGAACGUUUAAGACGUGAAGAAGAAGAACUUGAACGUCAAGCUGAAGCUGCUGAAGCAGCACGUUUAGCUCAAUUACAAUUAGAACAAGAAAGAAAAGAAAAAAAAAAAUUAAAAGAAAAACAAAGAAAAGAACGUCUAAAGGCUGAAGGUAAAUUAUUAACUGAUAAACAAAAACAAGAUCGUGCACGUGCACAACAAUUAUUAGCUGAAUCAUUAAAAGCACAAGGUUUAGAAGUACCAGAAGCUGGACAAAAAAAACCAAGAACAAAGCUAGGAACAAGAUUAAGACCUAAUAAAUUAAAACAACAAUCAAGUAUUGAAGAAAAAAAAUUAGAUGUAAAUAUACCAGAUCAGGUGCAGCUUGAAAUUGUUGAUCAAAAACAACAACAGCAAUCAAUAAAAGAAGCUGAAAAAAAAGUUGAUGAAGUUAAAGAUUCAUGGGAUGCUGUAUCAAGUGAAGAAGAGGAAGAAGAAGAAGAUAAAUCAGAAGAAACUGUUAAGGCUGUGACUGCUACAAAUAAUGGUAAAAUAACUGAUGUUGCUGGAGCAAAAAAAAAUACAGAAUCAUCUGACAGUGGUGAUUCUGGAAGUGGUAGUGAUAGUAAUUCAGAUAGUGAUAAUUCAGACAGUGAUGAAGAAGAAAGUAUUGAUGAAAAAUUAACAGAUGCUGAAAAGAAAAAAGAACGUGCAAGAUUAAGAAUCCAAAAUAGAAGAAUAUCAGCUGAUAAAAAACGUACACUUGAUAAUUUAAGAGCAGCUGUUGUAUGUGUACUUGGUCAUGUUGAUACUGGUAAAACAAAAAUACUUGAUAAAUUGCGAAGAACAAAUGUACAAGAUGGUGAAGCUGGUGGUAUAACACAACAAAUUGGUGCAACAAAUGUACCAAUUGAAGCAAUACGUGAAUCAACAAAACACGUCAAGGGUUUUGCUGAUAAAGAAUUUAAAAUACCUGGUUUAUUAAUUAUUGAUACACCUGGUCACGAGUCAUUUAGUAAUUUACGUGAUCGUGGUUCUUCAUUGUGUGAUAUAUCUGUUCUUGUUAUUGAUAUUAUGCAUGGUCUUGAACCACAAACAAUUGAAAGUAUAAAAUUAUUACGAGCUAAAAAAUGUCCAUUUGUUGUUGCAUUAAAUAAAAUUGAUAGAUUAUAUGAUUGGGAAACAAUGAAUAGAAAAGAUGUACAAGAUAUUAUUAAUGCACAAGGUAUUAAUACAAAACUUGAAUUUGAAAAACGUUCAAAAGAAGUUAUAAUACAAUUAGCUGAACAAGGUUUAAAUGCAGCAAUAUUUUAUGAAAAUCCAGAUCCAAGAACUUAUGUAUCAUUAGUGCCAACAAGUGCAAUUACUGGUGAAGGAAUGGGUAAUUUAUUGGCUCUAUUGAUAAAUGCAUGUCAAGGACCAUUAGCUAAACGUUUAAUGUACAGUGAUGAAUUACAAGCAACAGUACUUGAAGUUAAAGCAUUACCUGGUCUUGGUACAACAAUUGAUUGUAUAUUAGUUAAUGGUACAUUAAAAGAAGGUGAUACAAUGAUUGUUGCUGGUAGUGAUGGUCCAAUUGUAACACAAAUACGUUCAUUAUUAAUGCCACAACCAUUAAAAGAAUUACGUGUUAAAAAUUCAUAUGUUGAAUAUCGUGAAAUAAAAGCAGCACAAGGUGUUAAAAUUGCUGCUAAAGAUUUAGAAAAAGCUAUUGCUGGUUUAAAUUUAGCUGUUGCACAAAAACCAGAUGAAAUUGAUUUAUUAAAAGAAGAAAUAUCAAAAGAAUUAUCAAAAGCAUUGGGCAAUAUGAAACUUGUUGAUCGUGGUGUAUUUGUACAAGCAUCAACACUUGGUGCACUUGAAGCACUCCUAGAUUUUCUACGAAGCAGUAAAAUUCCGUAUGCUGGUAUCAGAAUUGGACCAGUUGUCAAGAAAGACGUUAUGAAAGCAUCAAUAAUGCUUGAACACGACAGCCAAUAUGCAACGAUAUUGGCAUUUGAUGUUAAAAUUGAACGUGAUGCACAAGAUCUUGCUGAUACACUUGGUGUUAAAAUAUUCCAGGCUGAUAUUAUUUAUCAUUUGUUUGAUAAAUUUACAGCAUACAGAGAAGAAUUAAAACAACGAAGGAGAGAUGAACACAAACAUAUUGCUGUAUUUCCUUGCAAGCUUCGUGUCGUACCAGGGUGUAUUUUUAAAACAAGAGAUCCAAUUGUUAUUGGUGUUAUGGUUGAAGCUGGUAUUGUCAAAGAGGGAACACCAGUGUGUGUCAUCAAAAAAGACGCAGAAAAAGGAGCGGAAAUUGAUAAACAGCGUAUCAAUUUGGGUGUGGUGUCAAGUAUUGAGAUAAAUCAUAAAUUUGUUGAAUCUGCAAGAAAAGGUCAAGAAGUUUGUGUUAAAAUUGAGCCAAUUCCAGGUGAUGCACCAAAAAUGUUUGGUCGUCAUUUUGAUGAAACAGACAUGAUCAUCAGCACGAUAUCCAGAGAAAGUAUAGAUGCUUGUAAAAAUUAUUUCCGUGAUGAUCUACUUAAAAGUGACUGGCAAUUAAUGGUUGAAUUAAAAAAACUAUUCGAAAUAUUGUAAAAAAAAAACAAAUUAAAUUUCCCAUUUUUUCAAUUAUAAAAAAUUUGAAAUGAAAAUGGAAAAACAGAAAGAAAAAUAUACAAAAUGAAGAUUAAUUAAUAAAUUGUAAAUUAAUUUUUAAAUAACAACGAUAUUUUUAAAUACCACUUUGUAUAUCAGUGAUUAACAAAAAAAUUUAUCUUUAUUAUUAUUUUUUUUUAAUUCUAUUGUUAAUCACUGUUGAAUAAUAAUAAUAAUAAUAAUAAAAACGAAAAUUGUUUUACAAAUCUUCAAUGAAAAUAAAAAAUAAAAAAAACAAACUCAAUAAUUAAAAUAAUAAUAAAUAAUAUUAAUAAAAUUAUAAACAA